AGUGAACCUCCUAGAAGGGUUUGGCAUCAUUCUGGGCCGAGGAAUUUGGGGGUUAUUUUGUGCGAGUAAUGUGCGUUAACAACAGGACAGUCGUGAGUUGAUGAAGAACGAUGGCGUCUGUUAAAAAGCUGCUCUUGGACCAACUGAUGGAGCUGGCAGAAGAUGAACUGAAGAAUUUUCAUUGGCAUUUAGUGAAAUUUUAUCAAAAGUCUGAAUUGGAAAAUGCAGAUAGAUGUGACACAGUAGAUAAGAUGGUGAUGUGUUUUGGACCAGAAGAAGCUGUGAAGGUCAUGGUAGACGUCCUGAGAAAGAUAAACCAAAAUGAUCUGGCUGAACAGUUGGUGAAUGAACACAAGCAAGCUCAGACUGAGGACAAUAUGAAGACAUCUGUCCCUGUUAGAGAGCUGCAAAAUGUCUUGAAAACUCACAAAAACAACAUGAAGAUGAAGGUAAAAUACAUUUUUGAGGGCAACAAAGAAACUGGCACAGAUCUGAAAGCUGUUUACACAGAUCUGUUCAUCACAGAGGGAGAUAUGAAAGAUGUAAAUCAGGAACAUGAGAUUCUGAAGAUUGAUGAUGCUUUCAAGAACAAAAAAACACUGAACAAAACAAUCAAAUGCAAUGAUAUAUUUACUGAACUGAGGAAAAACAAUGAGUUAAAGAUUGUGUUGACCAAAGGAGUCGCUGGCAUUGGGAAAACUGUGUCUGUGCACAAGUUCAUCCUGGACUGGGCCGAAGGAGAAUCUAAUCAGGAUAUAGACUGUGUGUUCCUGCUUCCAUUCAGAGAGAUCAAUGUGAUUAAAGAGAGAGAGGUCAGUCUCCAUGAGUUUCUGCUGAAAUUUAAUCCUGAAUUGAAGGACCUGGAGAAAUCAAAGUUUUAUACAGAAUAUAAACUUGUGUUUAUAUUUGAUGGACUUGAUGAGAGUCGACUGCCUUUGAAUUUUGAAAGUGAUACAAUGAACACUGUUGAGGAAAGAUCAUCUGUAGAUGUGCUCUUUACAAGUCUGGUCAAAGGUAAACUGCUUCCAUCAGCUCUGGUCUGGGUCACAUCACGACCAGCAGCAGCCAAUCAGAUCCCUCCUCAGUAUGUAGGAUUGUUCACAGAGGUGAAAGGAUUCACUGACCAACAGAAGGAGGAGUACUUCAGAAAGAAAUUCAAAGAUCAGAGUGUGUCCUCCAGAAUCAUCUCACACAUUAAGACGUCUUGUAGUCUCUACAUCAUGUGCCACAUUCCUGUGUUCUGCUGGAUCACAGCCACAGUACUUCAGGAUAUUCUCACUGAGAACAAUGAAGAGAACAUCAGCACAACACUCACUGAAAUGUACAUUCACUUCCUGAGGAUACAGAUGAACAUGAAGAGUCAGAAAUAUGGCAAACAACAAGGAGAAUGUUCAGAGCACUUACUUUUAAAUAGAAAGAUGAUUCUGAAGUUAGCCAAGCUAGCGUUUGAACAGCUGAAGCAGGAAAACAUUGUGUUCUAUGAGAAAGAUCUGAAAGCAUGUGGUAUUGAUGUGAGUAAAGAUGCUGAGUUCACAGGAAUGAUCGCUGAGAUCUUUAAGAGGGAAGUUGGACUUUAUAAGACAAAGGUCUUCUGCUUUGUGCAUCUGGGUGUUCAAGAGUUCCUUGCUGCAGUGCAUGUGUUCAUCUGUUACCUGAAAAAAAACAAGCAAGGGCUUACGUUUUUCUUUGAGGAUUCACAAACUACAGUCAUACAAAAUCUUACAUUUCCUUUUAGAAAGGUCAAAUUGCAUGACUUAACAGAGAGAGCAAUUGAAAAAGCAAUGCAGAGUAAGAGAGGGCAUCUGGACCUGUUCCUGCGGUUUCUGAUGGGAAUUUCAGUGGAAUCCAGUCAAAAUCUGCUCAAAGGCCUGAUCACACACACUGAAGACACCACAGAGAGCAUCAGAAAUCUAAGUGCACACAUUAAAGAAUUACAACAACAGGACAUCUCAGAUGAAGCUUCAGUCAACCUGUUCUACUGCUUACUUGAGCUCAAAGAUCAUUCAUUAUAUGAGGAGAUCCAGAGUUACCUCAGUUCAGAUGAACAUCCAGGAAGAGAUCUCUCAUCUUCAAUGUGCACAGUGUUGACCUACAUACUACUGAUGUCAGAGAAGGUGCUGGAUGAGUUCAACCCAAAGAGGUUCACAUCAAAACUAGCAGACUACAGGAGACUCAUUCCAGCUGUGAGAUGCUGCAGAAAAGCUCUAUUUGACAACUGUGGUUUUGAUGAAACAUGCUGUGAAACAGUGUCUUUUGCUUUACGAUCAUCAAACCAUCUGACAGAACUGAACCUGAGUAAUAAUCAACUGAAAGAUUCAGGAGUGAAGUUGCUUUCUGAUGGACUGAAGAAUUCACACUGUCGACCGAACAUACUGAGGCUGUGUGGGUGUCAUCUCACUGCUCAGUCCUGUGAAAGUUUAUCUUCAACUCUACAAUCAUCAAACCAUCUUACAGAGCUAAACCUGAGUGACAACCACCUGCAGGAUUCAGGAGUGAAGCUGCUUUCUGAUGGACUGAAGAAUUCACUCUGUCGACUGAACAUACUGAGGCUGUGUGGGUGUCAUCUCACUGCUCUGUCCUGUGAAAGUUUAUCUUCAACUUUACAAUCAUCAAACUCUGUCCUGAGAGAGCUGCACCUGAGUAACAAUGACCUGCAGGAUUCAGGAGUGCUGGUUCUUUUGGAUGGAAUGAAGAGUCCAAACUCUAAGCUGGAGAUACUGAGAUUUUCCACAUGUAAUCUCACUGCACAGUCUUGUGGGAGUUUGUCUUCAGUUUUACAAUCCUCAAACUCUGUCCUGAAAGAACUGGACCUGAGUAACAAUGAUCUGCAGGAUUCUGGAGUGAAGCUUCUUUCUGAUGGACUCAAUAGUCCAAUGUCUAAGCUGGAGAUACUAAGAUUUUCCACAUGUAAUCUCACUGCACAGUCUUGUGAUUUGUCUUCAGUUUUACAAUCCUCAAACUCUGUCCUGAGAGAACUGGAUCUGAGCAACAAUGAUCUGCAGGAUUCAGGAGUGAAGCUUCUCUCUGAUGGACUGAAGAGUCAAAUCUCUAAACUGGAGAUACUAAGGUUGUCUGGCUGUAUGGUGACAGAGGAAGGCUGUCGUUAUGUGUCUUCAGCUCUGAAUUCAAACCCCUCACACCUGAGAGAGCUGGAUCUGAGCUACAAUCACCCAGGAGAUUCAGGAGUCAAACUGCUCUCUGAAAAACUGGAAGAUCCAAACUGCUCUCUGAAAAAACUCAAGUAUGUCACGCAGGAGAUGUUUUUGGGAUUUAUUGUUUAACCCUUGUGCAGUCUUUUGAGAAUAUUACAUUUAGAAUUUUUAAAAAUCAUAGGUUCACCAGAAUGGUACAAAAUUCUAUUACCCUUAUUGCACUUGU